GGAAACCAUGGACGACCAACACUUGGGGACAUGCUGUGUGCUUUUAUUGCUUCUUCGUGGUGUCUUUUCCACAUCUGAGGUGUGUUCCAAUCACUUGAUACUGCCAGGACUGAAAGGUGAUCAAGGAGAAAAAGGCGAUGAAGGAGAUGCUGGUAAGCCAGGAAAGACAGGACCACCAGGCCCCAAAGGACCACCUGGAAAACCUGGCAGUGAUGGAGAUAUUGGAAUAAUGGGAAAGACCGGCCCACCUGGAGAAACAGGUGAUAAAGGUUUCAGUGGACGUCCUGGACAUGCUGGAGUAAAAGGAAAACCAGGCUCUACCUGUGAUUGCGGACGAUACCGCAAAGUCGUGGGCCAUCUGGUUGCUAAUGUGAGGAAACUGAAGAACUCUGUCAAGUUUGUAAAAAGUGUUAUUUCAGGGAUCAAGGAGACAGAAGACAAGUACUUUCUGAUUAUCAAAGAAGGGAAGACUUAUUCGGAAGCUCUAACACACUGCAGAAUCCGAGGAGGAACUCUCGCCAUGCCAAAAAAUGAAGGAACAAAUGCACUGAUUGCAGAGUACCUCACUCAGGCUGGACUCUCCCGUGCUUUCAUUGGGCUUCAUGACACAGAAAACGAAGGCCAGUUUGUAUACACAGACAAAACCCCGCUACAGGGCUACAGCAAAUGGAGGCCAGGAGAGCCAAACAAUGCCUUUGACAAGGAGCACUGUGUGGAGAUGGUCAACACCGGAGGCUGGAAUGAUGUGGAAUGUGAUCUUACCAUCUAUUUUGUGUGUGAGUUCCCAAAACAGAAGAGGAGUAAUGGUAUAUUCUCAUGAUGCCAUUCCCUUCGACCCUGGGGCAGCUUGCUGACCUAGAAAGUAUUUUCUUAAUUCACCACACAUGGGCCUGAUGAGUUAACCUGCAUUUAAACAAUUCUGCAAUUCAAAGGCCAGGAAACCACAAAAAGUGACACACGAUUCUUAAGUGAAUUCUAAUUUCACCACAAAAAGGGAAAAAAUGACCAUCUGGCAAUGAAAAGCACUGUUUUUAUUUCUGUAUACCAGCAUCUGAUGUCAUGGUGUGUACUUUAAAAUUUGAAAAAAUACUCUACACCCCUUUUAUACUUAUACAGUAAGUUGGUAAGUAUGACAUGCAAAUUCCAUUAUAACUGUAAAAAUGAUAAAAUAUCACUCACUUUAUAAAGAAUGUUCCAAUAAUUUCAAAACAUCAAAAGAAUUGCUGCACUACCCUAAACUAGCGGUUCUUAAACUUUGUUUUUCUCAUGACCCACAAUCGCCACGGAGCAUCAUCCCGGGGGAUCCAUCCCCUUUGUAGAAUCGCCAGCAAUCAUUAUCCCCAUUCCCCCAUGAAGAAUCACUGCCAAUUGUCAUCCUGUUUCCCCUCCGAGUAUCGCCACCAAUCACUGUCCGGGUUAACCUUGGGGAAUCACCACCGACUGUCAUUCCGGUUCCCACUCUCGGGGGGUGGGGUCCCCUUUGGAGAAUUGCCAUCAAUCGUUGUCCUGGUUCCCCCUUUGACAAACGCCAGCGAUCAUUGUAGCUUGGAGGUGGAGUCCCCCGGGUACAUUUGGUACCAGUUGUCAUCCCGGUUCCCCCUUUAAGAAUCACAGCCAAUCGUCGUACCUUUACCCCCUUCAAGAAUCACCAGCAGUGCUCAUCCCCUGGCAGUUUCCCUUUCCCCACAGCCACCCAUUACAAGGCUUCUUGUGACCCUUGUCUGUCCAGUGUUACUGUUACUCACGACUCCAUGCGACCCAAGUUCGAACAUUACGUAAAUGAAAAUAAGUUGCAAAUUAUAGUUGAAGAAACACUGCCCUAACCGAACUGUUGACUGUUAAUUUGGAACGGUACAUGCCAUCUUGCCAUAUAUAUGUCUCUUACUGACAUGACUGAAUAUAUAUAUAAAAAUAAGCACACCCCAUGAGAUUUUUUUUCUUUUAUAACGUAUGAACAUAAUCUAGAUAACGGUGAUAUAAUAAACCAAACAUCAGGCCACAUUAACAUUUUAUAUUCCAAUAUGUAAUUUAAAUAAACAUAAAUGCACAUUCUGUGUCUGAAAAAAGUAAGUGCACCGUUCAAUUUCUCACUCGAAUAAUUCAAAUUAGAAUUGGGUGCAAAUAAUUAGCCCACCAUUGAAGAAGAUCUUGUCUGAUGCUGCCUUAUUGAAACCUCAGAUUUUAGUGUGGUUUGAAGUGAGUCUUAUCACCCUGCUGUGGUCAAAAGAGCUCCCUGAGGCCUUCAGAAAGAAGGUUCUAGAGGCUUAUGAGUCUGGGGGGGGUGAGGAUUUAAAAAGAUCUCCAAAUAAUUGAAGUUCAACCAUUCCACCGUCUGGCAGGUCAUUGACAAGAUUUCAAACAACUGCCAACUUGUCCAGGCCAGGCUACACUCAACAAAUUCAGCCUGAGAACACAGUACAAGAUGCUGAAAGAAGUCACUAAGAACCCCAGAAUUUCAUCACGGGACCUCCAGGCCGCAAUUGUUGCCCAAAGUUGACCCGGCAUGUCACUUACAGCUAGGAUCAGCGUUAUGUGCUCGGACAGGCUUUCUCAUCCAACAUUAGCAGUUACAGCUCUGUGAUGUCACACUCAACUCACAAAGCAUCAUGGGGCACUGAUACAACAGAAGUGACCUGUAGGGGGGUUUUUCACGGUCCAGAUGAGAAUGGCAUGUUCAUAAUAAAGAAAUAUUUAUUUUACGUUUAGCCCUCUGACUGUACACUAUUGAAGAUAUUAACUAAAAUAAAUGCUGUAAAACACCACAUAGUAAACAUGAAAAAUAAAACUUAAAAGGGCAAAAUACUACGGAGCCCGUGAGGUGAUACAGGUAGUCCCCAAGUUACGGACAUCCGACCUACGACUUAUGAACAGGGCCGCAGCUGCAAAUCAUGCGCCUCAGUAACUGCCGCUCCAUCAUCUUCGGCCUGGGGAUGCUGCAUGUGGUGGCUGAAUGGAGGCUGCAGGGGGGGGCGAUUCCGCUGCUGGUGCAGUGUAGUGUCCCUCAGGCGGCUCCCGGCGGCAAGCGGUGACUCGUACUCCAUAGUCACCAGGGCCACAGCUAUCGCUUGUGUGCAGGAUGGAGACUUGAUGGGGUGGUUUGCUGCUUGCCAACCACACUGCCACAGCUACUGCUCCUGACUGGAUGCAGGCUGGAUGGAGCGGAGGGGGGCGUUUCACUGCCCACCCACCACA